CUUAUUCGUGUCACGGUAGAUGGGAAGAGAAUGGAACAAAUUUCCUGAUAACCACGCCAGUGAGCAGAUCUUCGCACGGAGCAAGGAGGUAUUGUUUCAUUUACAAAGAGUCGAUAUCUGGAGUGAUGUUUUCCACAUCGGCAGAUAACUGUAAUCGACUGGUGAAGCCAGGAGUUACUGGAGAACUCAUUUUCAAUAUCAGUAGUACAGGGAAAUGCGUCGAGACAAAUUCUUCAAUACGUGCACAUUCACACAGUGCUUGGCUCAUCUGGACUGUUGUAUGCCUCACUGUAUCACUCAGAGCGAUCUAUCCAAGAUGAUCAACAGAUACAUGACUUAGGAAUAACUUAAUUAUGAGACUGUAAUGGUUGAAACGGUUGUGUAUUUGUACUCGAGAAAUUUGAAAGUAUGAUAUAUUGAAUAUGGUUCAAACUUGAAAAAUACCACUCACCGCUGAACAUUUAGUUUCAUGUGGCCACAGAAUGUUACUUUGUGGUACACACUUAGUUCACAGAUUUACUAAAAACCUGACAUUGAAAGUUGAAUGACUGGUUCUGUAUCUGUAUCUAUAAAGCACUUAGGCCACAUGUGACCCAUUGUACAUCCUUCCGAGGUGUCCU